AAAUGAGUGCUCUGGAUGGCUGCGGUGCGGUGUAUUCGGGAGCCUCGAUAGCGAACGCUUCGUAGAUGCAGCGCUCACUCUACUCGCUGGGCUGCUUCUUGUUGUGGGUGCUGCACUUGCCUGGGCAACCCUCCCUUGCAGCCGGGAAGGAAGUUGACGUCAACUAUUAUAGAGACCGAGUCAAGUCCAUGUUUUAUCAUGCUUAUGAUAACUAUCUGGUAAAUGCCUUUCCCUACGAUGAGCUGCGCCCUCUGACAUGUGACGGGCAGGACACUUGGGGAAGUUUUUCUCUCACAUUGAUUGAUGCUCUGGAUACACUACUAAUUUUGGGGAAUGUGUCUGAAUUCCAGCGAGUUGUUAGUGUAUUGCAGGAGGGUAUAAAUUUUGAUAUUGAUGUAAAUGCUUCUGUCUUUGAAACCAAUAUCAGAGUGGUUGGCGGCCUCUUAUCUGCUCAUUUGCUGUCAAAGAAGGCUGGUGUUAAAGUAGAAGCAGGAUGGCCAUGUUCUGGUCCCCUCUUGAGGAUGGCAGAAGAUGCUGCUCGAAAACUUUUGCCAGCCUUUCAGACUCCAACUGGAAUGCCAUAUGGAACAGUAAAUUUACUACAUGGAGUAAAUCCUGGAGAGACACCAGUUACUUGUACUGCUGGGAUUGGUACAUUUAUAGUGGAAUUUGCUACCUUAAGUUAUCUUACAGGGGAUACGGUAUUUGAAGAUGUUGCCAGAAAGGCUCUUAAGACCCUCUGGAAAAAUCGUUCUGAAAUUGGCUUGGUAGGUAAUCACAUUGAUGUGAUAACUGCCAAGUGGGUAGCCCAGGAUGCUGGGAUUGGAGCAGGAGUAGAUUCCUAUUUUGAAUACCUUGUUAAAGGAGCCAUUCUGCUGCAGGAUGAGGAGUUGAUGUCCAUGUUUCUAGAUUAUAACAAAGCUAUAAAAAACUACACAAAAUUUGAUGAUUGGUAUUUGUGGGUUCAAAUGUACAAAGGAACUGUCUCAAUGCCAGUUUUUCAAUCUUUGGAGGCUUUCUGGCCUGGUUUACAGAGCCUUAUUGGAGACAUAGAUAGUGCAAUGCGAACAUUUCUCAAUUAUUACACUGUUUGGAAACAGUUUGGUGGGCUGCCUGAGUUCUACAAUAUCCCCCAGGGCUACACAGUGGAAAAGCGUGAGGGAUACCCACUUCGACCUGAACUAAUAGAGAGCGCAAUGUAUCUGUAUCGUGCUACACAAGAUCCAACACUUUUAGAGCUGGGCAGAGAUGUGGUGGAGUCAAUAGAAAAAAUCAGCAAAGUUGAAUGUGGCUUUGCAACAAUCAAAGACCUAAGAGAUCACAAAUUAGAUAACCGUAUGGAGUCCUUCUUCUUGGCUGAAACAGUGAAAUAUCUGUAUCUAUUGUUUGAUCGUGACAACUUCAUUCAUAACAAUGGAUCAUCCUUUGAUGUCUUACUGACACCAUAUGGAGAAUGUAUUCUUGAUGCUGGGGGAUAUAUUUUCAACACAGAAGCCCAUCCUAUAGAUCCUGCUGCCCUCCACUGUUGCCGGAAUCAAAAAGAAGACCAAUGGGAAGUUGAAAACUUAAUGAGGGAAGUCUACUCUUUGAAUAAGAGUAAGAAGUUCACUUUCAUAAGAACUUCAGGUAAAAUGGGAAAAAGACAAAAAGAUUCUACUGAUAUUUCCUCUGAAGAUUACAAGAGACAAGUAGGCUCAGACCAGAAAGAAAAAAGGAUGGUCCCGUUACUGAGCUGCCCCAGUCAACCAUUCAACUCAAAACUAGCUGUUAUGGGACAGGUUUUCUUUGACAAUGCAUGAUUUCUUUUCUGAAAUUCAAAUGGGUUGAAAUCAGUAAACUUGAAUUUUAUUUGCAUUUUGGUCACUGUUUCCCUGGGAAUACACAACAUCAUGCUAUAGGAAUCUGUAGUUUCUCAAAGCAGGAUACAUUUUGUUGACGUGGAUCCACUUUGGAAAGCAAAAGUAUUUGAAAAUGAAAAAUUAGUUACAAUGUUUUCUGAUUUUACUGGGCCCUGAUUCCUCUUGCAUUCCUUGUUUUUAGUAGUUUUCUGAACCAAGGAAAAUAAAAGACAAAGAUGUCUGGUUUAUAGGUAGUGCUGCAAGGUGAGCACUGUAAUGGUGUUUAAAAAUUUAUCAUGGGCUACUUCAAUAACAUUUGAAUAAUGAUAGCAAGGGUGUUUUUUCAGUGAUGGUCAGUCAAUUAUGGAUCUAAAUUCUUUGAACAGAACAAUUUCUUUGCACAUAAUGAACAGAUGGCAUUGAAUAUAGUAGAGGAAUCUCACUGAAGAAAGAAGGAUAAGUAGACAAGCUUCACUAGAUUUUUCUCUCUCUCCAUAAAUUACCUCAUAAGCAAACAGAGUUGCCGGAGGGAAAAAAAUUAAAGAGGCAGCAAGGAAUUGCAAGACUGCUGUUUCAUGCGUAUGCAGGAAGAUAUUUUAAAAAAUCUUUUUUUAUUUUUUUGCAUUUUCACUUUUCUACUCCUGAACAAUUAAAAAUUUUAGACAUGAGUAUAUGCUUAUUCUGUAUGAGGUAAAACUGUAUUUUCAACUUCUCACAUUUGUUAUGUCACAAUAUUGGUAAGUUAUUUUUAUAUUUUUGGCAAAUGUGUCCUGCUUAAAUUAUAAAUGAAUGUUGAAAGUGCUACAAACACUUAAAUAUUCAAAAUGUGAUGCUUCGUAUUGGCAGUUUACCUAGGAUGAUUUUUCUUAUGAAAAAUCAUAAAAGCUCCUGUUAUGGGUGUUCUAAUUAUGUAAAAUGAAUUUGUGUCUUCCUUUUCAUUUUACCAAUGUUUUUUAUCAAUAUAAAGGAGCAAUUAAGACUGAUAUAGCUAAGAAUCUACCUCUUGCUAUUUUUGAAUGAAUGUUUUGGCACAAAUUGAGAGAGAUUAUCUGUGAGAUUUAGGAUCUCUUCCUUCAUGAAAUCCCAUUAAAGGACUGCCAACA